CCUCCUCCGUCGAGCUGUCAGAUGACAGCAGCAACACAUGAACCUCAAUGCUGCAGACGAGAGUUGAUUCAUUAUUUUACGUUUAAAUAACCUGCUCCUCUGCGUUUUUAAUUCAAACAAGGGCACGGGCAUGACAGGAUAACACCCCCCCUGUCCCUGUCAUCUCCACACGGACUGACUGACCACUAAAGCGCGUAUAGGAGGAGGAGGAGGAGGAGGAAGAGCUGAGCUGCUUGUUAGCUUGUGUGUGCUAACUAUCUAGCUAAUGUUAGCUUGCAGGCUAAUGCUAGCUAGCUGGUGAACGGAGGUCGGGACGUUAGCUUAUGGUAGUAAAGAGCCUUUAGUUAAGUCAUGAAUGUGUCAUUUUAAUAAUUUGUUUACGGCUGCAUAAUAACUUGUUUUAAUACGUUUAUUAAUUGCAGCUGAAUUGGUUGCUAACGUGUUGCUAGGUAGCAGAUUUAUGCUAAGCUAAGCUAUGCUAACGCCAGCUCAGUGAGAGACCUCACAGACUAGUCUAAGGAAGGAAGAGAGAGGGUGACUUAUGAUGUGGGCUGAGGGAAGCAGGCGAAGGAGAGCAGCAGUAUUAGAUUAAACACAUCGGAUUGUCCUCAUUUUUAUUCCUUUUUUGUCGAAGUAAAAGGCCAAUAGUGUCAGUAAAGCUGUGUGGAGACUGUUGGAUGAAGACUUUGAUUUUUGCGAGCUGGCUAAAUGAAUAGUAUUUGGUAUCACUGAGUCGUGAGCUAGUAGUGGCCACUGUGCCAGCUUCAAAAGGGAAGAAGACACUGUCAAGAUCAUCAGCACAGACUGUAAUAACUAAGCCUUUAAAAGAUGGCUUCGGCGAGCAGCAUUGCCGCAGCAAUUGCGAGCAAAACGAAGACCAAGAAGAAACACUUCGUCGCCCAGAAAGUGAAGCUCUUCCGUGCCAGCGACCCUCUGCUCAGCGUGCUGAUGUGGGGAGUCAACCAUUCGAUAAACGAGUUAAGCCAUGUUCAGAUUCCCAUCAUGCUCAUGCCAGAUGACUUCAAGGCCUAUUCUAAGAUCAAAGUGGACAACCACCUCUUCAACAAGGAGAACAUGCCCAGCCAUUUCAAGUUCAAGGAGUACUGCCCUCUGGUGUUUCGAAACCUCAGAGAGAGGUUUGGCAUCGAUGAUCAGGACUUCUUGAACUCCCUGACACGCAGUGCUCCCUUGAACAGUGAGGCCCAGGGACGGAGCGGGGCCCGCUUCCAUACCUCUUAUGACAAACGCUACGUCAUCAAGACCAUCAGCAGCGAGGAUGUGGCAGAGAUGCACAAUAUUCUAAAGAAAUAUCAUCAGUUCAUCGUGGAGUGCCAUGGUAACACACUGCUGCCUCAGUUUCUGGGGAUUUACCGGCUCACCGUGGACGGAGAUGAGACCUACAUGAUUGUUACACGCAAUGUCUUCUCCCACCGCCUUUCCGUCUUCAAAAAAUAUGAUCUCAAGGGUUCCACUGUGGCGAGAGAGGCCAGCGACAAGGAGAAGCAGCCGCCCCAACCAGAGGAUGUGCCCCCGCGGCCCAAAUCUGGUAACGUUCAGCAAAGGCUGCAAACACUGCGGAUUGCCACGCGCUUUUACUGCGCCAUGAAACACGUAAGAGAUGCCAAGGAGCUGCCCACCUACAAGGACAAUGACUUCAUCAAUGACGGGCAGAAGAUCAACAUCGACGGGGAGAACAAGAAAAUGUUCCUGGAGAAGCUUAGGAAAGAUGUGGAGUUCCUGGCCCAGCUGAAGCUCAUGGACUACAGUCUGCUGGUGGGGAUCCACGAUGUGGAGCGAGCCGAGCAGGAAGACGUGGAGAGCGAGGACAACGAUGCCGAGGAGGAGGGCGAGAGUGACGGAGGGGGCAUUGGAACGCCCCCAGACAGUCCCAGCAACACGCUGGAUAGCAACAAGCCUCUGUCACCUGGAGAGUUUGACCCCGCCAUUGACGUCUAUGCCAUCAAAAGCCAUGAUAGUGCUCCCAGGAAGGAGGUUUACUUCAUGGCUGUCAUAGACAUCCUGCAGCAUUACGAUGCCAAGAAGAAAGCUGCUCACGCCGCCAAGACUGUCAAACAUGGGGCCGGAGCGGAGAUCUCCACGGUGAACCCAGAGCAGUACUCCAAGAGGUUUUACGAUUUCAUCACCACUAUCCUGUCAUAGCCUCCAGGAGCGACAAGGAGCACAGAGGCACAUGGGAAAAGGGAGGGCAAGCGGGGAGCAGGGCGGGGAAGAGCAGUGACGGAGAGAAAAAAACCAUCGAGAGGCUGAAUUAAUAAGGUGCUGUGAUGGCUUUGUAUCACUCUCCCUCAUGCAUUCUCCUCCCUCCCUGUUUGCUUCUCUCUCUUUCAGUGGCGUGCCACGCUCUGCAGCUAAAAAAAAAAAACAUCAUUCGUUUACAUUUAACCUCUCCUCUGUUGACUUUUGUUCAUGUGUUACUUUGAGGGUGUUGAAAGCAAGCGUCCAGGUCAUUACGUUUUGUUUUUUUUACAUAAUUUGUUUUUGUCUGUUUGGUUGUUUAUGUGGAAAUAUGGCUUUUUUUAUUGCCUCUAAUACAUCCAGCACCCUGCAUUUUUUUUUUUUUUUUGAUGCUCGUAUUUGUCUUCCCCUUGUGAUGUUUAGGGGGAAGGUAUGAUGUGUAUAGUGUGAGGUCAAGGGAAGUGCAGAGGUCAGAUUACGGCACAAGGUGAGGCCCCUCUUGCAAAAAGAAUGCUUAAGCGGGAUGUAACGAGGAAGUUCGCGUUGAGCCUCGCCUAAUGCAAUUGCUUAAUUUCAGGAAGUGGGAAGCAGUCUUCCAAUAGGCCAACAGCCAGACCACCCCCCACCCAAAUGCUAUACAAGUACUCAGCCAAACAAAUCUUCCCAUGUGGAUUCCUCCUUCAUCAUGCCACCCGUUCCUUCGUGUACACUUGAUGAAUUGAGCUUCUGGGUUAUCCUCUUGCCACACACACCCACAACUUCUCAUUAGCUGUGACGCUUGUUUUCCGGCACUAGUUGCACCACAGUGGUUGUCCUUUUUUGCUUUUGUUGUGAUGCACAGGGAUUAAGAAUGAUUAAGGGAAGGAUGUGUACCUUGAAAUGAGUUAGUAGAGGGAUUUGAGCACACAGUAAGUGUUGUUUACUUGCGUUCCCUCUGAACACGUUGGGCAUUGUUAAAGUAGGUAGGCCUGGUUUCUGUUCCUGUGGCAGGGAAUGACCCAGAAGUCGCGUGUGGCUGUAGUGAUUAAGAGUAAAUCACUCCUUGUUCUAUAUCCUCAUAUAUGGUGUCGGAUUGAAACAUUAACAGCCCUUACCUUUCUGUUGCCAUCAGCACCUUAUGAGUAAAUCAAAAAUGUUGCACUUUUAUUUGUUAUUAGAGGUUAGGAGCUCUUGUUCUGUUACAUGCGCUGCAACAAAGAGAAAAAAUGAACUCAGCUCUCUUAGAAUUGAAUAUUUAGGGGCCUGAUCUCAUAUCCCAUCUCCUCUGCAAUUUCUCACCUAUGGGUGCUUCUUACUGUAGGGAUUGGUCGGGAAGACUUUACUGCAAUAUUAGACGGGGAAGUGGACGAGUUCUGUUUACGGGGCUUUUGUAAAUUACCUUUCCAAUCCUUUUUUUUAGAAGUGCUCUGUGGUGUUGGGGAGGUGGGUUUUGGGAUCAGGCGACAAGUGUGACUGUGCGUUCAGGGCAGGCAGAAAAAAACUGUUUACCUCCAGCAUCGUACCAGCACACACUCAAUGAUGGCGAGCGAUGUGUGUGUGUGUCAGUGUUCAAAAGUUGUAAAGGGGAAGGGGGGAGGUUGGGAAGCUGCAGAUGUAAAGAUACGCGUUAAAGUCAUUAACACCAACAGCAUCGUCCUCUUCUCUAACCUCGGCUGUGAGUCUGUUAUUCAUCGUUGUUAAGUGUUGUUGUUGUUGACAUUUUUAAAGGUGGUUUAUCUGUGUUUGAAUUUGGCGGUUUUAUGAAUUGAUGUGGUAAUAAUUUUUUCGUUUCUGUUUUUGAGGUUAUUUUUUGUAUAUUUUGCACAAGAGGAAAGGAACCAAAUGUUACGAAAUACGAUCCCAAUUAGUUGAUAACGGUCUUAACAAGGGAAAUGCAAUAUACUUGUGUGUAAGUGAGAAAAGUUGUUGUGCGUGUGACGUUGUGUAUCACUUCUGGAUAACCAACUAAAACAAGUAAAGUCGUCCUCCUUGACUAUUGUAACCCAUGCAAAAAGCUUCCAUCACGAUAUGUUUGUUUAGAUAUCAUAGAUUAUAUUCACAUUUAUAUUUUUACAUUGGAUUUUAGUCAUGAAAUAUAGUUGUAUUUAAAAUUAAAAAAAAAAAAAAAAAAAAAGGAGCCACCCUUGGGAAUGAAUGAUGGUGCUGUGGUAAAUGAAGAAUGAAACUGCUUGAAUUUAUACUUACUAUAGAUGUACUUUAAAAGAAAAAGUCAUUAAAAAAAAAUUGCAUGUCACAGGACUAAGUUUCCUUUUCCCUCUCUAGUCUGUGUUGUUGGCUGUUCAGGUUCUCUUCGUGUCCCUACACUUUAACCAGAUUUGUUAGCUGUUCAGCGUAAAAAUAGUCCCUACCAUGCUUUAAAUAACUGUUUUUCAUUGUAUACACUGUGCAAGAUGUGUGCCUUUAUACUCCAAAAUUAUUUAAUUUUAUAUUUUGUAAUCUUUUUUUAAAACAAAAGGUAAAAGGUUAUUUUAAUAAUAGGGUGUUUACUUUGACAUGCAUUAUUUCCAACUUUAUUUUCAACCCCUCCCCCCCACCCCCUCAUGUUCAUCCACUCCAACGCCUCCAUAUUUAGAUUUGUCACGUGAGUUAAACAAAACCAUUCGAGUGAUUUGUGUUUUAAAAACCGACACAAAAACGUGAAUAGCUGUCUUACAUUCUGAAUAUGGUGGAUCGGUUUGGAUUCUGUAAAUUCAAAUCUGUCAUUGUGAUUAUUCGGUGUGGGCAAGCGUCCCUUUCCUCCUCCUCCUCAGAGCGAGGGGUGGCGUCUGCUUGAUAUUAACCCCUUGUCCGUUCACGCUGGUCCUGCCUUUAUAAAGAACGUGCGUGCGUGCGUGAGUGCAUUGUGGAAUGUGAUUGUGUUUUGUCGUGCUCGUCCUCGCUAACUGACGGCUGGCUUCACCUCAGGAGUCUGUCAGCAUCACGUUUACCUUUCUAACCACAGAUUUCAGGAAUGUGUUUUUUUUUUGUUUUUUUUUUCAUGAAGUGUUUGUCCGAUAUUUCACUUUACCGUCUACGUACAGACUCCCACUCAUUUCUUUAGAACAGGUUUGUGUUCUCUCGCGUUUCGUGUAACCCCGGAUCACCUGUUUGUUAUUAGGGAGGUCAUCAGCUGAUAGUUCAUCCUGAGUCAGUGGUUAAUUGAUAUUUCAGUGUUCUUUCACUAUUAAUGGGCUGUUUUAUUUCUAUUGUCACGUAGCUCAUACUGUACAUAGGUUGUGUCAUAAAGAAAAACAGGGAAUGAGGGAACACAAUCAUCUUCUAGUCUGCUUUGCUCUGUAUGGCCCUGGAGGCUUCCCUGUAGUCAGACAUAAGCAAGUAGAAAACAGCACUGCAUGCUGGGAGAGUGAUUUUUUUUUUGUUUUUGGGAAUAUUAACUCUGGAUCUUUGAUGAUGCCAGACUUUAACAAAUGCAAAUUAAAGACGAUAAUAACACACGCACCCUGCUGCUGUACCUUGAAAUUAAUAAAUCCUCGCUUUUGUGACUUUAUCUCACGAAUGAGCUCCUUCACCCAUUAACCCCCAGUCAACCUGCUGCCACGUUAACUUGCCAAAAGCAUCUUUUAGCAGUCAGAACUACCCCACAUGAGCUUGAAGAACAUUGUGUAUAGUGUAAUGUGUCUGUUUGUUUGAACUGAAUAUUUUUUUUUUUCUUUUUCUUUUUUUUUUUUUACAUGCACUGGGAGAUGGAGCGAGGUGUGCAUCGCUGAUAUGUGUACAUUGUCCAAAGUUAUGAGAAACAAAACCCCUGUGUUCAUGUGGUUUAUCAAGUGUUAAGGGAAAAAAAUUUGAUUACAAAAAACAGUGGAGGCCAGGCGAGAUCUGCAGAGAUGGAAAGAUUUCCUUUUGGGCUUCAAGAUUUAAAAAAAAAAAAUCACAACAUCUUUGUGAAGAAAAAUAUCAUUUUGAAAUUGAAUCCUUUGAAUUUGCAUGUGCAAGUCCAAAAAUGCCCUCCUGCAAUUAAGCUUUGGCCUCACAACAGUCCCAAGUACUUUUAGACUACAUCUAAAAGACUUAACUGUGUGUAUGUGUGAGUGUGUGUUUAUUGCUGUCUGACAAUGGUUUGGUGAGAGUUCCCUUUCAGUGGCAGAGAGGCCAAAAUGAUGAUGUAUGUUUAUUGUUCUUCACAUUUAAUGGUGAUGAUAAUAAUACACUCCAUUCCAUAAGCGUUCACUCAAACCAAUUAAAGCACUUGUUCUGCUUAACUCUA